AUGGUUGCUCCGAUCGCGACCCCAGCCUCAAUCCCCACAGGGUCGGAUAUCCCAACUUAUGACCAAGUCCCCGAGACAAAAUAUGACUUGGACUGGGCAGACCUCGCUACCUUGGAUCUUUCCCAGUUUGACCAACCUGGAGGCAAGAGUCUGUUAGCGAAACAACUGUUCGAAGCGAUCCAAAAAAUAGGUUUCUUUUACAUCAUCAACUUCGGCCUAUCACAAGAGGAUGUCGACCGCCAGUUUUCAAUUGGAAAGGAACUUUUCAAACUACCCAUAGAAGAGAAGCUCAAGUAUCGUGCCGAGCUUGAAAAAGGUGGCUAUAAUGGCUACAAACCAAUGGGUCUUCGAGAAAUCAGUCCAGGUGUCUUUGACAAAACCGAAAUCUUCAACAUCCCAAAGUUCAUCCCUGCCUUCGAGCGGCCCCAGCCCGAGAUUGUGAACAACAACCGUCCAAUCAUCGAAGGCUUCGCACGUCACAUCCACGACGAAAUUGUGCGCAAGCUUCUCGUUCUAUUCGCCAUAAUCCUGGAGUUACCCGAAGACUACUUUCUCAAAGUACAUCGCUACGAAGAAAAAAGCGAUUGUCAUCUCCGGUACAUGAAGUACCACCGCCGCACCGAAGAAGAGAACGAGAAAUCAACAGGAAUCUGGUCGAAAGGCCAUACCGACUUCGGUAGCUUGACUUUAUUAUUCCGUCAGCCGGUGGCUGCAUUGCAGGUUCGCACUCCUGAAGGCGACUGGAAAUGGGUCAAGCCGUAUCCCGGGAGCAUCACAGUCAAUCUUGCAGAUUCACUUCAGUUCCUUACAAAUGGGUUCCUCAAAAGUAGCAUACAUCGUGUGGUUGCGCCUCCGCCUGAUCAGAGAGGUGUUGAUCGGUUGGGUGUUUUGUACUUUGUUCGGCCGGAAGAUGACCUGGAGUUGCGGCCGAUUGAGAGUGACGUGCUGCAUCGGUUAGGGUAUGAUCAGACGACGGAUAACAGUGCGGUGGGAAUCACUGCUGGGGAGUGGGUGAAAGCUCGAGUAGCUAAGGGUGUGGACAAAGGUCCGGCACGGAGCGAAGUCGGCGAUCAGCCCAUCAUUGGGGGUGUGGUUGCAAAGUAUUAUGAUUAG